CCGUACACAGUACUCCAGUAGCGUGCCGCACUUCCACGGAGACGCUGGCGUAUGACGUCAUCCGCCCCGGUCCAGGAGUUGCGCCGUUUCGCCGACUCCAGCUAAGUCGAGAUGCACGUGUGCUGGUGGCGGCUGAUCGUGGCGAUGGUGGCGCUGCCGUUGGUGGCGGGCGUGGUCAUCAUCCUCAUGUGCUUCGUCUGCUGCCCGCUGCUGUGGAAGGAGAUACCCAAUACGGAGCAGAGCGACUACUACCGCACGCCGCUCUACGUGGUGGGAGUGCUGGCGCUGUGGGUGCUCUUCGCCAUCGGCAUCUUCUUCCUGUGGUGGCGCCGCAAGCCCAAAGUGAUCGUCGACGAUUCCACUGAAGUGAUCGUCGACGAGCCCACCAAAGUGAUCUUCGACGAGCCCAUCAAAGUGAUCUUCGACGAGGCCACCAAAGUGAUCGUCGACGAGCCCACCAAAAUGAUCGUCGACGAGCGCACCAAAGUGAUCGUCGACGAGGCUAGCAAGGUGAUCGUCGACGAGACCACCGUGCUCCCUGCCGCCGAGGCGUGACGGCCCGUCCACUUGCCGGUACCUCCGAGACGCGACGUAUGGCUGUGACAUCAAUGAGGCCACUUUGUAACGUUUUGGUAGACCUCUGGGAUGUACAUCUCUCCUGGAAAGCGACCUUUAUAUUGACGAUCCAGCAUUAUAUGGAACAAAUCUCCACAUUACUCUGCAAGUUUUCAGCUGACACACAGGUGUUUGUACCUGAGGCUCCAGUUGCGAUUCGUGCUAUGCGAAAAUUUUUUGUCGAUGCGGAGCUUCUCUUGCUACAAACAAUGCAAAGAGCGCCACACCACUGCAGGGGAAGGUCGAUUUACUCACAAGGGAACCUCCCCAUCGCACCCCCCUCAGAUUUAGUUCCAAGUUCGCAGAGUGGAUAGGCCUUGAAAAACUGAACACAGAUCAAUCGAGAAAAGAGGAAGAAGUUGUGUGGAACUAUGAAAAAAAUAAGCAAAGUAUACAAACUGGGUAGUCCAUGCGCAAGAUAGGCAACAUCAAGGAGAAUGGGAGCUCGGGAGCUCCGUGGUCUCGUGGUUAGCGUGAGCACCUGUGGAACGAGAGGUCAUCAGUUCAAGUCUUCCCUCGAGUGAAAAUUUUACUUUCUUUAUUUUCGCAAAGUUACGAUCUGUCCGUUCGUUCAUUAACGUCUCUGUUCACUGUAAUAAGUUUAGUGUCUGUGUUUUGCGACCGCACCGCAAAACCGUGCGACUAGUAGACGAAAGGACGUGCCUCUCCAAUGGGAACCGAAAACAUUUGAUCGCAAGGUCAUAGGUCAACCGAUUCCUCCACAGGAAAACACGUCUGAUAUAUUCUAUAAGACACUGGUGACGGCAGUGCGUCACAUGACAGGAAUAUUUUGUUGACCCACCUAACUUGUACACUUGGCGAAUGGGUAAAAAGAUUCUUCUACCUUGCCCGAAUUAGGUUUUCUUGUGGAUGUGAUAAUCACUCCCAAAAGUGUGAUGAAAACAUAAUAGUUUGUCACAUAAACUGUAACAAAAGAAUGCAACAGUUUCACAGUCGCACAGUUAUCCCUGUGCUCGGUCAAAAUAUAUGUUUUUAACGUUUUCAAAUUUUUCCGUGUGUAGACCGUCAAAUCCUGCAUAUGUCCAAGCAAAUCUGAACAUGUCCUGGAAUUUUGGAGAGCGAAGUUGAUUAUGUGUGAGUGCCUGAACUUUGAUAAUUGUCUGAAAAUAAAGAAUUAAACUUUUCACUCGAGGGUAGACUUUAAUCAAGAACCUCUCGCUCCGUAGCUGCUCACGCUAACCACGGGACCACGGAGCUCCUGAGCUCACAUUCUCCUUGAUGUUGCCUAUCUUGCGCAUGGACUACCCAGUUUGUAUAUUUUGCUUAUUUUUUUCAUAGUUCCACACAACUUCUUCCUCUUUUCUCGAUUGAUCUGUGUUCAGUUUUUCAAGGCCUAUCCACUGUGCCAACCUACAACUAAAUCUGAGGGGGGUGCGAUAGGGAGGUUCCCUUGUCAGUUGUAUGGCACCCCAUACUGUACCCUAAUAUGAAGAAAAUACACUCUAAAACAGGAAAAAUAGACAUGCCACGAAGAAAUUAUCCGAAUGGGACGGAAAUCGGUAGAAGUGAUGUACAUAUGCGUACACACUAAUGAUUGGAUGUACCGCAAAACUGGAUGAUAUUUUCACGAGAAAGUCCUUCACACACUGAACAAGUCAAGACCUCGUUAGUCCAGCUUUGGCCGAUAUGCGAGCAGCUUUUCACGACAUCCCUCAGGAGCACAUCCAGUAACGUAAUCAAUCCAUCGCAAGCUGAAUAACUCAGUGCAUAAGGGUCAGAGAUUGAAUUCCUCAAUUUGUUGAGUGCUUUCUGUUGAAUAAAUCAUCCAAUGUUUCUAAAAUUGUAGCUUUGUUUGUUUGCCUGUACACUUACAUCGUAAUUGCCGUGUUCCGACUCAUUCGGAUUUUCUCUUGGAGUGUAAAUUCUAAAACCGACAUUUAUAAUUUGCUAGAAGAGCAGCUUGUCGGAAACCUGUCUCUUGCUCGUUGUGCCAUAAGAGGUUUUGUUUUAUAGUUUCGUGAAAUACAGAUUGACAAAUAACUGCACAAUACUGGUGAAACAAAUAAAUUUUUCUCAACCGAUUCCCAUAAUAGUCACAGAGACAAGGAUGAUGGCCAUUGUAGUUUGAAGUCUCGUACGAGACUGUGAGUUUCUCUCACUGAUGUUCAGCUUCUGAUAGGCAGUCAGAAGUGGUUUUUACUCUUAGUAACAGUUAAAUAAAACUAGUUUGUGCAUCAUUGUCAGUAAGUUACAAAUAACAUUUUCAAAAAUCACUGUACACAUCCCAUUACAGCGUUCAAUAAAAUAUCUAAAACAAG